AUACAAAAUCCAGCCGCAGCACGGCAGCAGGCUUGGUGGAGCAAGUCUACAGCUAUCCGGAUGUUGACUACCGGUAGGAAGGUAUUCACUACUAGAGUACUUUUAUAUUGGGGCGUUCUUGCUAUUCCCAAAGGUGCAGCGAUGCAUGCAAUCCAAUCAAUUUACCACCUUCAGUUCCACCCAAGAGUAGCCUUAGCCAUGGCGCUGCAGCAACUCCUCCAUAUCUCAUUUUUCUUGCUAAUAGCAUGCGCGGCUAUGGCGAUCAACCCAGAAGCAGAAGCACUUCUCCGAUGGAAAUCCACUCUGAUUGGAGCCAAAUCUCUGUCCUCGUGGUCGCUUGCUCAUCCAACCUGCUCCUAGUUCGGCGUCACCUGCGACGCUGCCGGCCACGUCACUGCGCUCAAGCUUCCCAGUGCAGGGAUCAGCCGCAAGCUUGAUGCCUUCUACUCGACCGCGUUCCAGAAUCUCACCAAGCUUGACCUCUGCAGUAACAACCUCGCUGGUACCAUCCCGGUAAACCUCUUCAUGUUGCUCAAUCUCACCUCUCUGGACUUGAGCAGCAACAGUCUCACUGGUGCCGUCCCCUACCAACUCAGUCAGCUCCCUGGGAUUGCCAGGCUUAAUCUGGGGAACAACCACUUGACCAACCCAAAAUAUGGAAAGUUUUUGCCUAUGCCCGAUUUGAAGACCUUAUCUCUAGCUAAUAAUGAUCUCAACAGCAUGUUCCCAUGGUUUGUCCUCAACUGCACUGGUCGUAGGAUGAGGUGGCUCGAUUUAUCAGCUAAUUCCUAUUCAGGGCAUAUACCAAGCUCACUACCAGAGAUGAUCCCCAGAUUACGGUAUCUUAAUCUGUCACACAAUGAAUUCUCGGGUACAAUACCGCGUUCACUUCCAAGGCUCCAAAGGCUCCAAGAGCUACGUCUCUACAACAACAAUCUCACCGGAGGAAUCCCGGAAGAGCUGGGGAUGCUAUCUGAAUUGCGUACUCUUCACCUAUGGAACAACGCACUUGAUGGGCCGAUCCCAGCAUCACUUGGGAACCUUACUAGCCUCGAGUUUAUGGACUUGUCACUGAAUCAGUUACAUGGGCCGAUCCCAGCAUCACUUGGGAACCUUACUAGCCUCGAGUUUAUGGACUUGUCACAAAAUCAGUUACAUGGAAGCAUACCACCAUGUUUGGCCAAGAUGCAACAAAUACGAUACUUCGAGUUAAGUGGGAAUAAUCUCAACGGUGUCAUUCCACCGGAGUUGUUUACAAAUUGGACCAUGCUCCAGUUGUUCGACUUGUCCAACAACUCGUUCAGUGGAAGCAUCCCGCCGCAAAUCGACAACUGGGUUAACCUGGAGGUUCUCUACCUCCAUGGCAAUAAUUUUAUUGGUCCAAUCCCUGCGGAGCUGGGAAACAUCACAUUCUUAUAUUGGUUGGACUUGUCAAAGAAUCACUUCACUGGAACAGUACCAUCAAAAAUUGGUGCUGUAUCAUCUUUGGAACUCCUUGACGUUAGCACCAACCAUCUUGAGGGCGAGCUUCCUGCAUCUAUAUGCAACUUCACACAGCUCAGUUAUCUCAUCUUGUCUCACAACAAGUUCAGAGGUACCAUUUCUAAUCUCAACGGCAUGGAGUCGCCCAUAUUAUGCCAACUAGGUAAUGCUUUGCAUGUCUUGGAUCUAUCACACAACCAACUAUUUGGAGAGCUCCCUAGUUGCAUUUGGAGCUUGUGGAAUCUUCAGUUCUUGGAUUUGUCUAGCAACACUUUGGUUGGGGAAGUUACAACCGUGAUGACUAAUUCCACGUCUUCACUAAUUUCACUACACCUAUCCAACAACAACUUCACGGGAUCCUUUUCAGCAAUGUUGAAGAACUUCAAAAACCUAACUAUUCUAGAUCUUGCAAACAAUAAGAUUUCUGGAACAAUUCCUCCAUGGAUACGAGAGACCAAUCCUUUGUUGAGGAUUCUAAUACUACGAUCAAAUAUGCUCCAUGGAAGUAUCCCGUGGCAACUUUCACAGCUCUCAUAUCUCCAUCUACUUGAUCUAUCUAAAAUAACUUUACAGGUUCAAUACCGAAUAGUUUCGCUAACAUGUCUUCAAUGUGCCAGCCCAUAAAGGAAACAUACAUUGACAAUGGACUUAGUGAAAUUAUAUAUUCAUAUUACGGUGAAGUUGACAUAGUUUGGAAGAGACGAGAUUAUAAUUUUCAGUCAGCAGCUGACUUUAUGAUUGAUAUAGAUUUGUCAAGAAAUUCUCUUUCUGGUCAGAUCCCUUCGCAGCUGACAAAUCUAAGAGGUCUUCGUUCUCUGAAUAUGUCAGGAAAUUAUCUAUCUGGAGGUAUCCCAGAACACAUUGGCAAUCUCACACUUUUAGAAUGUCUUGACCUCUCUUGGAACAAACUUGAAGGCCCUAUUCCUUUGAGCAUGUCAAACUUAUUGUCCCUAACUUCACUAAAUCUCUCAAACAACAAUUUAUCAGGAGAGAUACCUAGAGGAUAUCAACUGAGAACUCUUGAUGAUGCCUCAAUUUAUAGCAAUAAUCCAGGACUAUGUGGAUUUCCCCUGAACACUACAUGUAACAACUCGAUUCCCAGGUCACCAUUGGUUGGGGUAAACAUACACGGUCAAGAAUAUGAAACCCUAUCGUUGUGCUAUUGGGUAAUUGCCGGUGUUGUUUUUGGUUUCUGGCUAUGGUUUGGCGCAUUAUUUCUCUGCAUGUCCUGGAGGUUUGCUUUCUUCAAUUGCGUUGAUGCCACACAAUAUGGAAGUGUUAAAAAGAUCAAGCAGAGAGCAGAGGACUCUUCUUCCCAUUCAGCCCACCUGGGCGUCUCAGAGCUCUACCAAUAGUUUUUGCGUGAUCUCUAAGCUUACUCGAAGGUGCAAUGGGCAUGUAACUUUCAUGCAGAGAUCCUUUCUGAUAAACGGGCAGAAUUGCCCUAUGUAGUAUCAUGAACAAUGCUGAAUUUAGUCAGUUGCAAAACACUGUCACUCUGUAUCUAUGUAGUUUCAAGCAUAUUGAUUGUAU